AUGGAGGAGGAUUUGGAAGGGAGGGAUUUGGGAGGUGGAGGCAUAGACCCCGGAUGGGGUGAGGAGGUGGAGAGGGGACAGGAUAGGGGUGGGCAGAAGGCGGCGCAACAGCAGCAGCAGCAGCUGCAGACGCCUCUUUACCAACACGGGCUGUACACGGGUCCCUACUUCGACACCAGCACGGCCACCAACGUGUCUGCGCAGCUCGGCACGCACGCCUACCUGCCCUGCCGCGUCAAACAGCUGGGGAACAAGUCUGUGUCGUGGGUGCGCCGCCGCGACUCGCACAUCCUGACGGUGGACCGGUACACGUUCAUCGCGGACGAUCGCUUCCAGGCGUUCCUCGUCGACUCGACGUCCACGUGGACGCUGCAGGUGAAGUACGUGCAGCCGCGCGACGCCGGCCACUACGAGUGCCAGGUCAGCGCCGCCGAGCAGAAGCUCAGCAGGACCGUCACGCUCAACGUAGUGGUGCCGCAGGUGGAGAUCGCGGGCGGUCCGGACCUGUACGUGCGCGCCGGCAGCACGGUGUCGCUGCGCUGCGAGGUGCGGCAGGCGCCCGACGCGCCCGCCUACGUGCUGUGGUUCCACGACGGCGAGCGCGUGCUCGACUACGCAGACAUGCGCGUGGAGCGCGCCGCCCCGGACACCACCGUGGCGCAGCUGUCGGUGCGCGACGCCGCCCAGCGCCACUCCGGCAACUACACCUGCAGGCCCAGCAACAUGCAGCCCGCCACCGUCUUCCUGCACGUGCUCGACGGCGAACACCCGGCAGCGAUGCAGGGGGACAAGAAUGGAGCCUUGUGGAACCACACCGCCGCCCUCUGGUCGCCGCUGCUCGCCGCCCUGGCUUUGGCUGCCCUGUGGAUUCCAGCUGCUCUCUAGGGCCCAGAACUUCUGCAGACAAAGACUCCAAACAGAGUGUGCCGCCAGCGACUCAUGCGACCGAGAGAAACCGUUUCUCUUGUUUCCAAUAUUCCCACAUUUAACCGUGUGUAACUCAUGCAUACUACAUUACAGAACAAUAAGUGUGCUUGUCACACAGAGACAUUAAGAUUCUACCAGUUGUAUCUGGGAGCAUCUGGAUAAAGACGUGACUGCUUGGCUUCACAAACAUGAAAAGAGUAAACAAGGUGAUUAAUAAUACUCAAGGGUAACUAACAGUUCGAAUAUUUCAGGUUGUCAACAUGUUGUCAGAAAAGCUACGGGUAAACCGAUCACAAAUCAUAUUUCGCCAACGUGGUUUCUAGAGGUUUGCGAAUUUAAUGCAGAUGAGUACUAGUUAGGGCAGGGGACACACUUUGGCACAAUAAGCCAUAUACUUAUACAGGAUACCAAAUUUACGUGUCUAAAGGGAAAUGUUGCCAUAUUUUGCAACAUUUUAAGCGUUCGUAAAAUAUUAAGUUUGUAAUAUUUCACAGAGUGUGCAUUAUCUACGUAAAUAAGUUGCGUUCGUGGAUAGGAAAAUACGUUUGGCAAGUGGAAUUGCAUUAGAGAGCAAUCAAAGACAAAUAACAACGCGCAGCACACGAAAAAUAUGACAAAUAGUGGAACGAACUUCGAAAUUAUGCAACAAUUCAUUUCGUACAACCUGCGCUGAGAAACACGCUUCAUUUACUCCGUCCUGAAACGCCUGUGCAAUCUACACA